UACAGACAGUCCCUGCUCCAGUUGUGGAGGACCCACAUGAAGACCCAGCUACACAUCUGUUACAUAUGUGGGGGAGGCGGGUUUGGCCCACCCUGAUAUAUGUUCCCCUAGGUUGGUCUUACUUCUUGGUGUUUCUCCUGUGUCAGCCUCCAGAGUGCUAGCUAGUCUCCCAGCUAUGCACUCCCAUACGGGGUUUGAAACUGAUUUAUUCAUUUGUUUCUGGUUUGAAGCGGGUCCUAUUGUGCAACCCAGGCUUGGAACUUAUUUGUUUAUUUGUUUAUUUAUGGUUUGAAACCGGUUCUAUUGUGCAUCCCAGGCUGAUCUUGAACUCCAACUCUUGAUUCUCCUGCCUCAGCCUACUAAUGGCUACAGACUACAGAUAGAGCUUAGCUACUAUUGAACUUUUUGACAGUAGAAUGUUCAAUUGUUGUUCAACUCUGGUCUCCUCACAUCUGGGAUCAUUUAAAAAUGCGGCGUCACAUUUUAUCUCACAUUUCAUGUCUUGAUUGCCUUUGCCUGUAAAAUGGGGGUGAUUCAGUGUCCUCUCUCAGGAUUGUGGUGAGGAGAAAAUGUGAGACAAGCUGGAAAGGUUUGGGAGCCCUGCGAGGUUCCUUGUUUAUUUAGAAACAGGGUCUCACUAGGUAGCCCUGGCUAGCUUGGAGCUAUGUGGGCCACGACUAUUUCGAAUCUUCUGAUCCUCCUGCGGCUGCCUCCCAAGCCAUGGAAUUGCAGCAAUUCGACACUACUUCUGGCUCCCUAAGUUUUUGGAAAGAUCGCCCUGCAGUGAAUUGUGUACCUUACCCCGAGAUGAUGGGAAUAAUGUUGCCUUGGCCAGGAACCCUACAUUGGCUUUUCUGCUGCCACCCAGGACAUCAGUUUCUUCCUGCAAGGAGACCAGGCAGGUGGGGAUGAGAGAGACCCUGGAACCUUCAGAGUCCGGAGCUCUGGGAUGGAGCCUGAGACCGUGCUGUGGGGCCCAGAUCUGCAGGGUCCUGAAGAGAGCCGGAACAAUGUUCACAGAGGUGCUGAAAGUGGGAACGAAGAGGAGAGCCCUCAGCAGGAAAGUUCUGGGGAGGAGAUCAUCUUGGGAGAUCCAGCUCAGAGUCCAGAAUCCAAGGACCCAUCAGAGAUGCCCCUGGAGAGCCCCUCCCAGGAUGCCUCAGCCCCUCAGGACUCCCCAACCCCACUGGGUUCUUCCAGCUCCUUAGAUCACCAGACCCCUAUGGACCCAUCAGCCCCUGAGGUAGUCCCUUCCCCAUCAGAGUGGACCAAGGAGACCAGUUGGCAGUGGGGGACCUUCACCACCUGGAACAGCACACCAGCAGUCACUGCCAGUGAACCCAGCCUGCGAGAGCUGGUGCAGGGACGCCCAUCUGGGGCUGAGAAGCCAUACAUCUGCAACGAGUGUGGCAAGAGCUUUAGCCAGUGGUCCAAACUGCUGCGGCACCAGCGAAUCCACACGGGUGAGCGGCCCAACACGUGCUCAGAGUGCGGCAAGAGCUUCACGCAGAGCUCACACCUGGUACAGCACCAGCGCACACACACGGGUGAGAAGCCCUACAAGUGCCCUGACUGUGGCAAGUGCUUCAGCUGGAGCUCUAAUCUAGUACAGCACCAGCGCACACACACGGGUGAGAAGCCCUACAAGUGCACUGAGUGCGAGAAAGCCUUCACACAAAGCACCAACCUCAUCAAGCACCAGCGGUCCCACACUGGCGAGAAGCCCUACAAGUGUGGCGAGUGCCGCCGUGCUUUCUACCGCAGCUCGGACCUCAUCCAGCACCAGGCCACGCACACGGGUGAAAAGCCCUACAAAUGCCCGGAGUGUGGAAAGCGCUUUGGCCAGAAUCACAACCUGCUCAAACACCAGAAGAUCCACGCGGGAGAGAAGCCCUAUCGCUGCACUGAGUGUGGCAAGAGCUUCAUCCAGAGCUCAGAGCUGACGCAGCACCAGCGUACGCACACUGGGGAGAAGCCCUAUGAGUGUCUGGAGUGUGGCAAGAGUUUUGGCCACAGCUCUACGCUCAUCAAGCACCAGCGGACACACUUACGCGAGGACCCCUUCAAGUGCCCGGUCUGUGGCAAGACCUUCACACUGAGUGCCACACUGCUGCGUCAUCAGCGCACGCACACAGGUGAGAGGCCCUAUAAGUGCCCCGAGUGCGGCAAGAGCUUCAGUGUCAGCUCUAACCUCAUCAACCACCAGCGCAUCCACCGUGGGGAGAGGCCAUACAUCUGUGCUGACUGCGGCAAAAGCUUCAUCAUGAGCUCCACCCUGAUCCGCCACCAACGUAUCCACACCGGUGAGAAGCCCUAUAAGUGCUCUGACUGUGGCAAGAGCUUCAUCCGCAGCUCUCACCUCAUCCAGCACCGCCGCACGCACACGGGUGAGAAGCCCUACAAGUGUCCAGAGUGCGGCAAGAGCUUCAGCCAGAGCUCCAACCUCAUCACGCACGUCCGCACACACAUGGACGAGAACCUCUUCGUGUGCUCCGACUGCGGCAAGGCCUUCCUGGAGGCUCAAGAGCUGGAGCAGCACCGCGUGAUUCAUGAGAGAGGCAAGACACCUGCCCGGAGAGCUCAGGGUGACGGCUUGCUAGGGCUUGGAGAUCCUGCCCUGAUGACUCCACCACCGGGAGCCAAACCCCACAAGUGUCUGGUCUGUGGAAAGGGCUUCAAUGAUGAAGGCAUCUUCAUGCAGCACCAGAGGAUUCAUGUUGGAGAAAACCCCUACAAAAAUGCAGACGGCCUCAUAGCACACCCAGCCCCCAAGCCUCAACAGUUCCGCCCCUCCAGGCUCCCCUUUGGAGGCAAUUCACUCCCAGGUGCUUCGGAGAGCAGAGCUGACCCCCCAGGACAGCCCUCGAAGGUGCCUGAGGGUCAGGAGGGCUUGGGCCAAAGGCUAGGUCAACCCUCUUCUAAGUGCUAUGUUUGUUCCCACUGUGGAGAAAGCUUCCUUGACAGGGCUGUGCUCCUGCAACAUCAGCUCACCCAUGGGAAUGAAAAGCCCUUUCUCUUUCCCGAGUGUAGGAUCGGCCGUGGGGAAGCCGCAGGACCCAGCCCCUUCCUAAACGCAAAGCCCUUUAAAUGCCCAGAAUGCAAAAAAAGCUUUGGCCUCAGCUCUGAGCUGCUGCAGCACCAGAAAGUCCAUGCGGGUGGGAAAUCCCAGAAGAGCUCUGAGCUGGGGAAGAGCUCUUCAGUCCUGUUAGAGCAUCUCAGGAGUCCCCUGGGAGCCAGACCCUACAGCUGCUCUGACUGUGGGGCCUCCUUCCUUGAUCGACUAGCUCUUACACGACACCAGGAAACCCACACUCACGAAAGGGCCCCCACUCCUGAGGAUCCCCCUUCAGAGUCAGCCUCCCUGUCUACAAACCAGGAAGUUGAGGGAGAAGCCUCUACCCCCCCAAAGAGCAGCAGCCACAGGGAAGAGGAAAGUCCCAAAACUGUUUUGGAGAAAAAGCCCUAUCUGUGCCCUGAGUGUGGAGAUGGCUUCACGGAAGUUGCAACACUCCUUCUCCAUAGGAGCUGUCACCCCGGUGUCUCCCUGUGAAGUAGGUCUGGCGACCAGGGACCACUCUCUCCUGAUAAAUUAUGGGGAAAAGGAGGCCAGCCCCACCAGAUCAUAGAGAAGUAGAGGGUCAAGAACCCUGGGAAGAAAUAGUGAGUUUGCAUCCGUGAGGAGAAGCCUAAGAGAUUGUGGGUGAGAACCACUUACAAGCCGUAGAGAAAAACUGCUGGGUUAUAAGCCCUAUAUAUGUAGGAAAAAAGCCCUUUAAGUCUGUAGCAGAGAAAUCUUAUAAACCAUAGUGGGUAAAAGCCCUAUUAAAUGUAGAAAGAGGUUCUAACGUCUCUAGACAACCCCAUAAAACUGUAUCAAACCCUUAUCAGAAUCCGUGGGUGGGGGAGGAAUGGGGAAUACAGCUCUACAGCUGGGCACUGACUUGUGAGGUGACCCUCAGAUGACAGAGGAAACAGUCUUCCCAGUCAGUAUUCCCUCCUGUGACAGGAAAAGUGCUCAGAGGGAAGCCAUACAGUAGAGGAAAGCUGAAGAACUAGAAUAAGAAGAAAAAUGGGGAGGAAAGACCAGGCGCUUCCAAACUCAAAGAUGAGACGAUGAAAAAAGGUGUCUUGUCGCACUGGGGGUUUUUGGUGGGGGUAUAAGGCCAAUCUUAGGUAAAUUGUAUGUACUAGGGGAAGGAAGACUGGGGGUCCCUUAUCAGUAAGAUUCCCCAAGUGGGAAAGAAACAGAAAUGACAAGCCAUUUUAAAGGCUGGAGUUUGGGGUGUUUCAAACCCUCAAGUGUAAGGAUACUGAGUACAUGCAGAGAAACCACCUCAGACAUUAGGGAAGUUCCAUUUGUUUGAAGGGAAGCAAACCAGGGUGGAGAGGCCGCAGAUGGAAGCCAGUGUCAGUUUCUCCUCGUUCCCGGGAGCUUGUUAAACUCCAAGUGCAAGCACAUCCCAGGUCGUGCUGUUCGUAUCCUCAGACAGGCAGGACCAGCCUUUCUCCAGCCCAGCUGGAAAUGUCUACUCUGAGAGGCCUCUGGGGUUGCAAGGGGCCUCUGCCACAUUCUCAGGUCUCACAGGUUUUACCUGGAAGCUAACUGCCACAAGUCUUACUGCAGUGGCAACCCGUUCCCUCAGAUUCUGUCCUCAGUGGAGAGAGCCACUCGCUGCUAGUCAACUUCCAAAGAAUAAAUUCCUUCAGAAAUUCAAGGCUUGUAUGUGCUUGUCCUCCCUAGAUGCCUACAAGUCCAUGAGAGCCACUUGUGGGUGAUGAGGGACGGCAAGACAACAGUAGAGACAGCUUUGAUUUACCAGCACUUGACUUAAACCUCAGCCUUUGGUGGGAACUUGGUGUAAGGCUGCCGGCAGGACAAGCCAGGCUGCACGUGGUAGACGUCCUGACACAGCAGAGACUGGACCCGGGUUCCUGGAGAGGCAAUGGAUACUUGACACCUUCAUCCCCAGUACUUGGAUGUCCCUGAAGUGUGGUGGCCAAAUUUGAUUUUUGGCUCCAGAAAGGGACCGAUUCCACCCUUUGGCCUCUCUCUCCUUAGCCAGAAACUUGUGAAGGGAAAUAUAAGAAACACUCUCCUAGCAGGCCCAUCUCCUCCUCAGACACUACAGGAUGGACGCUUCAUUAAUGCAGCCAAACCUGCUCAUGUGACUGGAGCUGUGUGAUGGAGCAGAGAGUCUGGCUGUAUCAAGUGUUGAAGAACUGGGGUGAGAAACAAAGUAACAAAGACCCUUAGAGAUGGGGAGGACUUUCCGUGGUACUUGGGUGGCAAAGGGAAUGUCCUCAGCCUGGUGCUGGCAUUAGCAACUCACCGUCCAAAGAAGCAAGAUGGAGACUCCAAGUGAUACAUAUGGCCCUUUAGGAAUCCUGUGCCCAGACUUGACCUGGAUUCCUACAAAGCUGGGGAGCAGACCUCUAAUUCUCUUACCUAAAAGUUCAAAAGGCAGAGACCCAUCACCCUUCAGCUAUCCUGUCCCCAAAGGGAUGACCCGCAAAAUUUAAAGGACCAAAAUGUAGAAUACUGGGAGAAAAAAAAAUACUGGGGAGAGAGAAAAGGCAGGUCUUAGACAAUUACAGAGACAGCCUUGCUAGAGUCCUAAGUGCCAGGCAGGGGAGCACCAAGGAGACUGGGAGGAGCCUGUUUGUCUACUGACAGAAAUGUUGAUAAAGGGGAUAUCCCUAUGAUAUGGAGUAGAUACUCCCCUAAGUAUAAGCUGAUUUGUUCCCUUCUAAGACGGUAGCAGAAACUAGAGAGAAAUCCUUUGUAAAACUAGGAACAGAUUCCCUCAGACACAGAUCUGAACCUCUGUCAUCGGAAGAGUGCUGGAGGGCAGGUGGUCAGUGUAGUCAUGGCUGACUGUAGACUAUGGAAGACUAAGAUGUAGCUUAUGUAAUAGGAUGCUCACCUGUUCUGGAGACAGUGGGGCUAUGCUCGACUCCAGUACUGAAUGGACCAUGUAGAUAGGUUCCUGGGCUUCCUUGUAGAAAGGGGGGCAGAGCAGAAACCUUGUGGGGAGACCUGUUCUCUUGGUCAACCCUCUCAGUUCCAGCUACACCACAGGACGACCUAACUGGCUCAGGAAAAGGUCCACCAGAAUUAAGUCUGGAAGGCACAAUGGAGUCAACUUUGUACCAGACCUAGAGCCCUCAGAAGUGCCCUUGGGGAAGAGCCCAGCACCCGUAGGCAAAGGAGUGCAAACAUAGGAGAGGGGUGGAGCUGAUCUGCACUUAAGGUGAGACUUAGAACUGAUGUUGAAUGCAGACAGUAACUCGUAAAGUACUGGGUGUGAAUCGUGAAUCGGGGUGAGGAUUUGAAACCAUCCUGACUACCCCACCCUAGUCUGAAGUGGGUGGCUCCCAGAAGUCUUAGCCCCCACAAAGGAAGCCACGCUCACCUCACUUGUCCCCAUGGAGUGAAGGGAAGUCCCAUUUUGAGUGUUGUGUGUCAGUAACAGUGUUGUGUCACCUGUGGUCAUGUUGAAUAGUUGGAGAAUAAAGGGAAUACGAUUUCCUAGGUGUUAUUACUUUUUAUCUCCUUGUUCAGCCAACAGCAAAGUUGUUCACUUCCAGAACUAGGGCCCAUGGGACCCCAAAAGCUCAGUAUUGUCCCAUUUGCCUUUCCCCAGGGGCCUUAUGCUUCCUGUCCAGUGUUUGCUUGUAGAAGGUUGACAGGUUUAUAGAACUUUAACAUUCAGUCCCUGUGAGAGAGGUCUGGUAAACUGCAUGGCUGCCUCGGGGCUCUAGUCCUGGUUAACUUGGGCCCAGCUUUGCAACCUCUUUGGCAGCUUCUCUGGCUACAACACCCACAACCUCCCCUGUAACACAGGGAGAGCUCCCAGGUCCUCAUCCUCAGAGCUGGCAGCUACCUCUCUGAGUUCUCAUGGAUCCUGGGUCUAGCUCAGCCUCUCCUGCAACCUGUCCUCUUUGAGUGGUACCCUGGCUUGUUGUCCCAUCCCCAGGAUAGCCCAAAGGUUCUUGCCAUGGGGCAGGCUGGGGCUCUACAAAGUGCAGCCAUUUACCUAAGACCCACAAGUAAGUCAUGGCGAAAAGUUAGAGUGACCUGGAGAUCUUUGGGCCACCUCACACCGGCCAUGCCUUUUCUUCUUGUGGUUGGGACUACUAAAAGGAAGCCCUCACGCCCGGCUGGCUUCAGCACUGUCUGUCUUCUGAGUCUGGUCAUGGCCAUCGAGUGGCUGCCUUGAUCAACACUAGCCACAGCCUGUCUCUUAAGGACUCUGGUGAAGGCAGAAAGGUGGAUGCAUAAAUAGUGUGCACGUGUGUUCUAUUUGCAUGUGCUUGGGCAUCGUGCACAGGCAGCACCUGCAGAGGCCUGAAGAGGGCGUCAGAUCCCCUAGAACUAGAAUUACAAAUGGUUGUUAGUUGCCAUUGUGUGCUGGGAAUUGGACCCAUGUCCUUUGGAAGAGCAGUCAGGGCUCUUAAGGCCAUGUUCACCAGCCAUUCCUCCUGUCCUCCCUUGGACUUUAUUGUACCUCUAUCCCAAAUCCCAGAAUAAGCUGUCAUUCUUUCCCUUUCUGUUCCAGGAAUAUGGGUGGGUGUGGUGGGGAGGGGUAAUUGCCAUUUCAUGUUCCUGGGUCCCGAGUCCUGAGAACACUAAGGAACUCCAAUGAGAGGGGGACCAGAGCAAUACCUGAUUUAAAGGCCAGAGGCCAUGACUGUUAAAGUAGGUUGGAUGACAGUUGGAACUAACUACAGGGCAUUGGGCCUCAAGAAGGAGGGAUCCUCUAGAUGGAAGUCAGGAGUGGGGUGGGGAUAGAGGUUCAAACAGUUAGGGAUUGACGCAGAGCAGUCUGGGGCUCAAAUUUCACAGGGACUGCCUAAGAUCAUGGGAAAAUAGAUACAUAACAGUAACAAAAUUACAGUUAUGAAGUAGCAACAAAGUAAUUUUAUGGUUGGGGUCACCACAGCAGGAGGAAUUGCAUUAAAGUGUCUUAGCAUUAGAAAGGUUGAGAACCAAUGGAUGGAGAUGCAGCUACAGAGCAGAGGCCAAAGCCUGAGGAGGGUUAGUGCUGUGAGGAGUCGGGGGAGAGCGAGCAUCCCUCAUACUCCUUAGUGAGAGGGGAAGGGAGCAUCCCUCAUACUCCUUAAACAGUGGGUUUCAGGCCUGGAGCUUGGGAAGGAACUGUAGGUACAGCCAACCUAUGCUGUUGGCUCUUGAUAGACACCUCAGAGAAAGGCAAAGUGCAAAGGGAAGUCUGGUUAGGGUUGAAGGAAGAGAUCAGAAGGCAGUGAGCACGAUGAAAAGACCAGGAGUAUAGCACCAAAGGCUUGGGUAAGUUCUGAGAAUAGUCCCCAUCAACUGCUCUCAGAGGCAGUUGCCUUAGCUCCGGCUGAAAUAGGAUCAUAUCCAAUACCGAAGCCACUUGCUUGGAGCUGGCCAGGGGAGGUUCUGACUCAGGAUCUCUGACUUGAGAGAAAAAAGCUUGAGUCUUUUAAGACCGAUCUACACCAGUUUGACAGACUGAUGGUUUGUUUUCAUGGCCCUGCCAAGAUGGCAAUACUGUUCCAGGCACAGGGAUGCCCAUUCAACUUGAGCUUGACAUGAGGAAAAGGCUUUAUGUUGGAAGUUACCACCCCACAUGAAACUUUGAGUACCCCUAACCCAUCUAUUUGAGGACUCCCCUCUGAGGGAAUGGUGUCCAUUACUUAGAUCAUGCUGGGAGAGAGAGGUGAUACCCCAGGGCUCAGGCCCCUUAAGACUACUAGCUCAGUUCUUCUAGCUCUAGGUUUGGUCUCUAUGAUGCAAUAUCCUGCGUUUCCCCCACCUUUCCCACCCCAGCACUCCAGCCGGGGUGGCCUUCAUGGUGGCCCAAUGUCAUCUCCUGCUGCUACUCGUGGUUCCGCGAGCGUUCCCAUCGCUGCCAGCUGCACGCCGGAGGUCACCGUAGCCCGCAUAUCUGUCUCCAGUCCAACUUGGUUCGGCCACUGCGACCCCACUGAAACCAGGCGCAGUCAGAUAGCCGAAAGGGCCCGGAGUCCUCACGAAGGAAAGACUUCGGAAAAGGUUGAAGAGCCUAGAGAAGGUAUGGCUGUUGCUAAGCCUGAGGCUACAACCAUGGCUAUGACUGCUGCUCCUACGCCCACCUCACCCUCGCUUAGUUCUGGUCAUGGAGCUAAUCCCAGCGUGACUACUGUAAAAGCGCCACCGGAAGAGUCGACAGCGCUCUGAACCUAGAGACAACACUCCACGUUUGAGCAAACGGUUUCCAAGGGUCCAGCUAAUAGCCUAAGCAGGCACAAUGAAAAGCCACCCUGCUGA